AUGGGUGCUGGAGGAGCCGAAACUGCUGCAAGAGCAGAAGCUGGAGAAGCAUUUGGGAAUCCCAACCUCUCCAUGCAGUGCAGCACUUGGGAGAAAGCAGUCGAAGUGAAAGUGUUCGACAUUUGCCACCACCGUCAGCGUAAUAUCUAUCUGCAGAGGGCGAAGAAGACAAACGAAGAGGUAUUUGCUGCCUUGGAGGACACAGUGCUGGACCUGCGUAUGGCUGAGAGCAAAUCGUUGAACGCUGCUGGAGCUAAACUGGAGAUGGUGAGCAUGACAGGCGACAAGAUGAUGUGCCCACUCGUAUGGCGAAUCACAAACGUACCUGUUGGGGUUCACAAGACGCAGGAUGUAUCUGCGUAG